AGAGGACGAGAAGGAGGAGAGCGUGGUCACGAGCUUCGUUGAAGGCGCCUGCGCUCCAACACUCCGCACCUUCGGCUCCGCGGCUUCGACUAGGCUCCAAGUGUCGCGAACGACGUAAAAGCUCGCGUCGCGAUGCGUCGUGCGAUCGUACGAAAAGUGAUUCCGCUCCGCUAAUCGGUUCCGCAGGUGACUCGUCUGUCACUCCACGUCACGUGGCGAGUCCGCGAAACCGUGUUUGCGCUGUCGGAAAAUAGUGGCUGACAGUAUGCUUCGCUGGUACACACGUGACAAUUCGCUCGACAACUCGGUGAAGACGAGUUGAAGUUUCUCGGGGACAAAUGGGAACUGCAGACACUCGGCGAAUUAACCGAGAAUGCGUUGAAUCUGUAUCGGACUGUGUGUCAGUGCGUACGUAGAUAAGAGUACAACGAGAGGAGAAUAUUCGAGUGUAACGAUGGCGAAAUCGGCAAGCCAGUCUAUUAGUAAUGUCUACGGUAUAUCGUUUACAUGCAGGUUGAAAAAUGCUCGUUCAACGAUAUUGCUCAACGCAUAGGAGAAUAUUAUUGGGCGCUGUACUCCGAGCGAGAGUAUUGCCAGAUGACACGUUAACCCGGAGACGCUCGUCGGUAUUGUGAGAAUCACGAUCGGCGCGGAGGAAAAAUCCGUUGAAUGCGAAACGGAAGCGACUCCAAGAUAGACGUGGUGCAUCCGCGACAGUGGAGGAAGAGCAGGAGAGAGAAAGAGAGAGAGACAGACAGAGAGAGAGAGAGGGAGGAGCCGUUGUUGAGCGUGGAGGGGGCGGAGGUGAGAUCGUCUGGUGAUGAUGAUCGGUGGCGGCGUCGCGACCCCUCCUGGUACUGCCAAGUCGGCGGCUGCGAUCGACAGCGAGAUGGUGCAGGUCGACGGCAUUGGCAGUGGUAGUGUCAGUGGCAGUGCUAGUGGUAGUGGUAGCCCUGCGACGGGUGCGACCACCACGCGCCUCACGAACAAUAACAGCGGUAGCAAUAACAACAAUAACAACAACAACAAUAACGGGGAGAUUAGCAACAAUAAUGACGGGCACGGAGUCGCCAAUUGCACGACUGCCUCGAGCGCGAGCGACAAGUUCUGCUGUCAGGACGAGGACGUUCCCGCCAGCACCGGCGUGGCCCGACCUUGGGAACCGCCGUCGCCGACCUUCUCCCAGACGAGAUCGCACCUGCUGCAGGUACACCCGCCGCACCACCACCAACAGCACCCGGCGGCGCAUCAUCACCAGCAGUUGAAUGUACCGGCUUCUCUGAUUGACGGUGUGAAUUUACAAAAUUGCACGGCCGGCCCGUUUGCCAGCGGCAAUAACGGCAACGCAUCGCGGCAACGUCUAAUCGAAUUGUCACAUGGAUUAGGAGCGCUCAGGCAUUACAACGAUCUCGCCAACCACGUGUUGUCAUUAAACCAACAGGGCGCAGUCGUUACAAAACUUUUAGGUACGUUGCGCCCGCCGGGUCUGAUCGGUGGCAGUAAGCCGAAAGUAGCGACACCGGCUGUCGUCGCCAAGAUCGAGCAAUAUAAAAGGGAGAAUCCGACCAUCUUCGCUUGGGAAAUUCGGGAGAGGCUAAUCUCCGAGGGGGUCUGCAGCAACGCGACAGCGCCGUCGGUCAGCAGCAUCAAUCGGAUACUGCGGAACCGCGCGGCGGAACGCGCGGCCGCGGAAUUCGCGCGGGCCGCCGGCUACGGCCUGUACGCGGCCGCCGGGCCGCAUCCGUACUUCAACUCGCACCAGCACCCGACGACGAGCCACCAUCUGCCGGCGGGCUGGCCGGCGCCGGGAGCAGCCGGACAUCCGUGGAUGCUGCCGCCUCUUGCCGGCGGCAUAUCCGGCGCCGCCGCGUCCGCUCUGCUCUUACCGCCGUCCUUGAGCCCCGGUGCGGCCGCCGCCGCGGCCGCAGCCGCGUCCGCGUCCGCCGCGGGUACUUCCGAGCACGCGCUUCACGCCGCCGACGCGAUCGCUCGCGGAUAUCUGCAAGAUGGCGACGGAGAUGACGGAAGCUUAGACGGUUCGGAGCAGCCCAAGUUCCGGCGCAACCGUACGACUUUCAGCCCGGAACAGCUUGAGGAGCUCGAAAAGGAAUUCGAGAGGUCGCAUUAUCCGUGUGUGUCCACACGCGAACGCCUCGCCUCGAAAACGUCGCUCUCGGAAGCGCGCGUUCAGGUUUGGUUUUCCAACAGACGGGCAAAGUGGCGUCGUCACCAGCGCAUGAACCUCUUAAAGCGCUCGCCACCACCGCCUCCACCACCACCGCCGCAGCCGCAGCCGCCGCAGCAGCAGCAACCGCACUCCGCUACGUCCGCUAUGGAAAUCGGCCAGCGUACAUCCAGCUGCUCCAUCGCCGGCAUGGGCGGCGAAAGUAGUGCGUUUCGCGCGGUCGUCGCCAAUUCCGCGAUUAGGGACGCUGGCCUCGACAGGCCCGAAAGGAUCGACAGGCACGAGUCGGUACCGAAGCAACCGGAAAGGAAACCUAGCGCCUUUCGAAUGAUCAGUCAACUGGUGGGCGACGACUCGUCCGGACUCUCGAGACCGACCAGUCCCGUGUACGAUCAGCGGCAGGGAUCCGGUAUUGGUCCGCGUCCGGAAUCAGCGCACAGGAUACGUUACGAUCAGAACGAGGAUGAGGAUGAGGAAAUCGAUGUUCAAGAUUCCGACCAAGAUGUACCGUCGUCGCCACCGGUCGCUUGGAGAGAUCAUUGGACUGACCAACAACCGUUGGAACUUACGAAGCACGAUCGCUGAACGAGAUGUGAUAUCGGUCGUUCAAUCCGGGCUGAUGUUUUCGCAACAAAAAUCGAGCGGCCGCGUUGCGGCUUACUUAUUGAAAAAUAUUGGCUAGACAAAUCGCACGGAUCAGUAACUACCAGUGUUCCAAGUGCGUCGUCGCAGUUCUUUAUCUUUUACCUAUUGGUGAUCGACCAGUGCAAAAGUGAUGAAAAUGUUUCUCCUUUUUGCCUGUUGCGGCGCAAGCUAUGACAAAUAGCACAAUUGGACUAGUCGCAAAACGUCGAUCCGGAAUCGCUGACACUUGUUCGGUCAACACGCGAGUGAUUGAGUGAUAAAUCGGUAAAACGUGCUGCAUUAGAGAAUCGAAUCAACGGUUAUCGGCGCGUAGCAUCAGAUGUGUUGUAUCCAAUAUUUUCUCUCUUCUCAUUAUUGCCGGGCUCGGCUCGUUUCUAUUCAAGUUUUCAAUACCUACGGAACACUGCUUACUAUACGAAUAUGGACGAUUUCUUACAAUCGCGGAUGCGAAUAAGUGUUGCGAGCUAUGUAAUAUUAAAACGCAACGUCAUCAUGUCAUUGUAAUUAUUAUUGUCGAUUAGAUAAGUGAUCGAUGCGUAUCGCGUGGCAAAAGCAAACGCUGUUAGAUCGCUCAAAUCUGGGGAGCCGCUCGUGCGAGUAGAGAAUAAAAAACAAACCGCGAAGAAAGAAUGAGGUUGUUCGAGAACUCAUUCGAAACUAGUCCUAGCGAAUCUUUAUGAAUUAGGGAUAUGCGUAAACUAGAUACUUGAAAUAGAGAUAAGCGAGAACACAGAUAAUCUCCUGUACGAACUGUGUUAAAAUAAUGUUUAUUUAAAUGAAACCGUCUGUAAAUAUCCACACACGGCGUCUCACGACUCAUUUUUCUCUUUGCAAACUCUUCCAAAUUUUCUUUCCAACUAUCCUCCGACAGACGAAACAGUUUUCGGCGAGCCAUCGAAUAUCCGCACAAUGAAAUAUGUUAUAUUGAAAUAAAUUUACAUAAAUAUCCCACGCUCUCGUUUGUCCAAUUAAUUUCCUACCAAUCCUAAGUUGAACGACGACGCGAACGGGAAGAACGACAGAAUUCAAUGUAAUUUCUCAACUUACUUCAACAUUAUUUUAAUAACGCAGAGCUCGAGUAUUAAAGACACGCGAAACGUUUUCUUCGUUUGUUAAUCCGAAUUGUUCAUCCUACGACCUAUCUUUAUUGAUUUAUGAGAUUAUUACUGACAUCAAUACGUAAAGUAAUCGAUAUCACGAGUCCAGCUACCCCUUGAUUUACGCUCUACGGCAAUUAUCCUUGGUGGAAUAUAUUUCCGCAUAUCUCCCGAGGUACAAGAUAUUCCGCUACGGAUCGCGCACCCGUAGUCUAAUACCCUUCCCGUGCUUAUCUCUUAUUAAACCGCUCGCGAAUACCGACGACGCGGAUAUUCUCCACGACCGUGCAACCGUGUAUCUACUUAAAUUGCCGUUUUGUCAACGGCGAGGAAAAAGAGGCGCGAGCACGUACAAGAAAGGUAAAAUUGCCCACAGUUAUCUCCUGCUUAAUGUUCCAUAGAACAUAGUACAAGUUUGCCGGAUGACGUUCGAUUUCCCGUGCAAAACUCUGCGAGGAUAAUCUAAUCCUCUCGCGCACCGCGAAUGCGUAAGUUAUCUUGCCGCGAGAGUAUCCGCACGUCGCGCGCUUUCUCGCGCGCUUCGAGAUUACCAUUAAAAAGCUAUAUAUGCGAUACAAUUGAAAUUUCGCGACGGAAGAACGUCAAGUUCCACCUGACGGCGCGCGAUCUACGCCAGGUUCAAAUCCAUUCCCUCGACAACGGAAUGUAAAUACUCCGCGAUCGCUCGGAGACGCGCGUAUCCGUAGUCGCGCCGACCCGAAGGCUGCACGGAGGCGAGGAUAUGGGAAGCUGGAUACAACGAAGGGGAGAAAAAAAGUGCGUGAACGAGGGAAGGCUCAUCGACGAUUAACUCGAAUCUACGGUUUCGUCGGGCUCGCAAAUAAGGAAUCUGCGCGCGAAACUGGUUUUCUCCGGGCGACACUCUCUUCCACGGGCACACGGGUGGAAUCGUCGCUUGUUGCCGUUGAGAGCACGAAAACAUUGGAUCCGCGCGACAUUUCGGAUAUCGUGGCCCGCGUCAACGGUCAGCGCGAGCGGUCCGAAUUUAUGGCCAGGUCCCGGCAU